GUGAAAAUCCAGCUAUCAUUGGACCAGAGCGGACUCCAGAAACGUAUCAAUCUGCCACUGAACAGCUGGAAAGAGAGGAUGUGACAGAAGUACAGGGGAUUAAGUUCAGAUAUGAUGGAUACACAAAAGGACAUCCGCGAUGCCAUUCGAGCAGUGCUUCCUGGUCUUUCACAGGAAGUUUUGGCUGCUUUAGAGGAUGUGUUGGAGAAACUCGGCACUACAACCACAGAUGAUUUCCAGUAUAUCACCGAAAGAGACUUAUUGCCUGUGCUGAAGCCCAUACAGGCCAGAAGACUGGUUGCUGCAUGGGCCCAAAAUAACUCAAUGGCUUCAACUUCAGGCGGGGCAUCCUCCUCUCCACAGUCUGUUCAGUCCUCUCAAUCUGCAGCCUCACUUUCACAACCAUCGUCUGCUGCUACUUCAUCGCCUUUCCUGAGCUGCUCCCCAGUUUUGCCAACCUGGGUUGACAGUUUUCAGAUACCGUGGCAGAAGCUUCCAGAAGAGCUGAUACAGACUUUGGAACGACAGAAAAGGCCAAGUGCACGACUUCGAAGACAAAUGGUGAGGAUUAUUGUCUCUGAAAUGAUGCUGAUUUGCAAGAAUCCAACCAAACGCAACACUACUGAAAUAGCAGAAAGGAUGGUGAGCAGGUAUCCAAAGUCACUUAAGGAUGUCAUUGAUGGUGACGUUAUUGGACUUGGUUAUCAUUCCUUGGUAAAACAACUCCAGGCAAGAAUUGAAAAUGUCAAACGACAAGACACACCAAAGAUAACUAAACGCAAGGCAGAAUCAGAUAAUGACACUGAUGAGAUACCUGCUGAGCAGAAAGCCAGUGUUCAAGACACGUAUGGCUGUGUCAACUGGGCGCCAAAGUUUUUGCCCCUUUCUGAGACUGUAGAGAGUCAGCUUAAGAAAAAAGAAGACAUGAAAAAGAUGUUCAAAGACAAGAAAUAUGCUGCAGAAGAUGUGAAAGAACUUAUCAAGUCCACCUAUUACACGCAACGAAAGGACAUCAAUAAAGGUACAAGCAUCCUGAAGCUAUGCCAAGAAUGGCCUUUUUUGUUCCAUGAAACUGGCAUGGCAGAACACUUCCAGCAACUUACUGGCAUCAGUCUGAUGGAAGCCUUCUUCACCAAUCUGGACAAAAAGGGGGAGCGCAUCGUCAACUUCCUGAAAACUGUUUUUGCUCAGAAAGAAAAACAAGUUCUGGAGUCUCUCCUCAAGUUAGCAAGUGAAAAAGGUCAGUCCAGUGGUUGUACAGAGAUGAUUCUUCUUCUACUUGCUUUUUUUGGUGAGAAGGAAGAGCAUAUGUUCCACUAUGUUGAGAAGACGAGCCUUGCUGAAGAGGUUGAGAUGGAGGAUGUGCCAGCAACACCCUGCCUUAUUGUGUGUGGGUCCUCUUGCUACACUGCAGACUGCUUCAUGUUGAGUAUUGAUCAGAAGAUUAUCAAUGACCACAUCACUGCCUUCUCCUGUGCCAUCUGCCUGAUGUUUGGCUGUUACUACUGUUUUAAUAUACACUACCCAGUGGGACUGCGGUCAACACUGGAGUUCCUCCAGAGGUGUUUCUUUUCAAUUAAUCCGGAGAGAGGAACAAAAGUUGAGCAUAGCAAGAGGAGGAAGAUCUUUGCGGUCAACCCAAGAGUCCUCACGCUCAUCGCUGACCUUGCAGACCAUGAGUGGACUUAGACCAUACUUUGUGAGUCAUGUGAUAUGAUGUGUAAUGUUGUUAUGUUGCGGUAUGUUGAAAACUGCAUUUUAUUGGUAUUUAAGGUUUACACUGUAAGAUUUCACAUUUGUCAUCUUCAUGUUAAAUUUUGCAAAUUUAUGUUAGACAUUUUUUUUAUAUAUAUGUAUAUAGCAGAUGACAAUAACACAGAUUUUAUGCUGCACCACUGUCACGGCUUAAUGAAUAUGUGGUGAUUUACAAGUUUCAAGUCAAAAAACCUGACAAACGUGAACAGUUUUAGUUAUCUAUUUCAGAAAGGUUACAGUGGUGCCCAGCACAUUUGUUAGAAAGUUCUUAUUUCUGUGUAUGUGCCAAUUCCAUAUGAUAUGGAUUAUUCAUUUGAAACACACUGCACCGGGGUUGAAGUGAUAAUGUUGUGUCAUAUCUGUUCAAACUUUUGCACUAAUAUAAGUGCUUGCUGCUUUUUGGAAGAUGUUACAAGUUCUUUGUAAUCAGUGUUCACAGGGUUGUGAGAAGUUUGUACAGCCCAAAAAGUUUUCAUUAAAUGGAAAAAAUACAAUAAAGUUUGGUUUUUGGAUACUUUA